AUGGCCGAUCAAUAUGCGGUCUUCUUCCUCGGCGUCGCAGGCGUGGUUAAGGACAUUCCUUUCCGGGACACGCGCACGCUGAUUUUCAUCUACGGCAAGCCUCUGAUCGCCCACCAGGAUCCUCUGGAAACGGCGCUGCGCGCCUCUGCCGAGGGCGCUUCGUCGCCGGUGGAUGUCUCCGCGCCCGCGGGGCGUGACGCGUCGCUCUCCUACCGGCACAGCGGCGCUGGGGCUUUCGCCGGCAACCCUCUGAACUUUUACUUCCCCGGCGGCUCCGGCCCUGGAGGGGAGCGCCCGAGCGCGGCGCCUUCCGGAGUGCCUGGUCCCUUUUCGCGGCUACCCGCGCCCGUUCACUCCUCGGGCAAGGCCGCCGACGCCGCACUCCUGCAACCGGUCGUCGUGAGCUCCCUCGCGUACGUGCGCAUCGUCGACGUCUGCGUCGGGGAACAGCAUGCGCUCUUCCUCGCAGACUCGGGCGAUGUGUACGCGUACGGCGAAGGGGUGUAUGGACAGCUCGGCCUCGGCUACGAGCGCCAGAUUGUUAACCACCCGCAGAAAGUCGAGGGCAGCCUUAGCCAGCUCGCCGUCCAGCAAAUCGCAUGCGGAGACUACCACUCUGUAGCCCUGACCACAGAGGGCCUCGUCUUCGCCUGGGGCGCGGCGGACUGCGUCGGCGACGGCAGCGGCCUGUGUCGCUUCUCGCCGGUGCGCAUCCGCCUGCCACUCCCUCUCGGCUGCGGUCACUUUCCCGUCGAUGCGUGCCGAGUCAUCGCCGCCCGUUUUCAGCAGACGAUGGCUGUCACGGAGGCUGGGCAUCUCCUCGUCUGGGGGGACACCUUCUUUGCGAACUUCCACGCAACCCCUGAGGUGCUUUGCCUCUUCCCCAUCCCCGUUGUGCAGAUCGCCAUCGGCAAACACUUUGGCCUCGCUCUAACUGACGAUGGCCAGGUAUACGGCUGGGGCGACGGCACGUACGGCGAGCUAACUGCUGCGUGUCCUAUGGCGCCGAUGACGCUGCCGGAGCCACUCAAUUUGAAGGAUUCGACUGGGCAGAGUCUGCCGCCGGUUGUGGCGAUUGCGACGGGGACGCGCCACGCAAUUCUGCUCACUCACGACAUGCGGCUCUGGGCCCUCGGAGACAACCUCGCGGGUCAAUGCGGGGUGCCCGGGCACCAAACGCGCCUCAGCGUUCCCAAGAUGGUGAAACUCGGAGAGUUGCGAUCGCGAGCUAGCAAAAUCGCAUGCGGGUACCGCCACUCUGCAUGCAUCACACCUAACAACCAACUGUAUCUGUGGGGUCAUUCCUCGAACCACAAGCUGAUCUUCACUGCAGCCGCCGAGGGCAUCUGCGAGAAAGCGUCCCAGCCAGGCGUUGCCAUUCGAUCCGGCCUCAAGAGUGCAUGCUGCCGGGCUCGCCUGAUCUACUCCAUGUUGAACUUGAAGAUUACGGGGGCUGCGUUGGGAAGCGAAACGACGGUCAUUGUGACUGGGGACGGAGACGCCGGGCGGCAGAGCCCGCCGGCUCCUGGCGCGUCUGCGAGGCGUGCAGGAGACAUGUCCUCUCGGCGCUCAAAGAAAGACAGUGAGGAGCAAAUCGAGGCCCGAGUCAUCACUGCAGCUGAUCUCUCGCUGACGCCUCCCCCCCAAUCUCCGGAGCGAACAACCUCCGGUGCUGGGAGUGGAGACCGUGAGGAGAGCAAUCCGUGCUCUAGUUCCGAGCGGAUGCAGAAAGGAGACACUUUGACCUCGGUUGCCUCGUCUCUCUCUCGCGCUGUGUGGAGAAGGAAUCGCAACUCGAAGGCGUCGGGAUCCCAAGGGGGCGAACAAAGCGGAGGCGCGACUGAAGAGAAAGAGGCGAAGGAAGAGACAGGAAACGCUAGGCGCGAAGCUGAAGAAGAGGCAGAGCGCGGGGCGGGUCGCAGCGAGCCGGAGGCCGGAGAAGCGAACAUGCGAGAAGGCGCCGAACCACCCAGAGAAUCCUCGGGAGACCCAGAAGAAAGAGGAAAAGGAGAGGAAACCCCCGCUGGACCUGAAGAGGUGCGCGCGUCGAGGAGUGCCGGAAAGGAAGCAUCGAAGGCAACAGAGAGCGGCGACCGAUGA